GGCCUAAAGCCCUCGCUCUCUUGCUCCUUGGAAAAUGAACUCCAUGUUAUAUACUCUCUACGGGUUUGCGAUAUUUUUCAUGAUAUUCUGGUCGGGUAUGUGGAUGGUUCAUGUGCUGGCAUUAAUUGCCGGUCGUUGGAAACUGCAUCGGAAGAUGAAUCAGGCACCGAGCUACGAGACACCGCUGCCAGGAGUAUCCGUGAUAAAACCCCUGAUGGGGGUUGACCCAAAUCUAUUCGGUAAUCUCGAGACCUUCUUCACCAUGGAGUAUCCCCGAUACGAGCUUCUGUUUUGCGUCGAGGAUGACUCCGAUCCCGUGCUGAUGCUGGUGCGUAAGCUUGUCGAGAAGUAUCCAGAAGUCGAGGCUACACUCUUCGUUGGUGGUUGUAAAGUAGGGGUGAAUCCAAAGAUCAACAACAUGCAGCCGGCAUACGAGGCCGCCAAGUACGAACUCGUGUUGAUCAGCGACAGUGGCAUACGCAUGAAGGAGGACACUCUAUUAGAUAUGGUCCAUCAUAUGACGGAUAGAGUGGCUUUGGUUCAUCAGAUGCCGUUUACCUGUGACCGCGAAGGUUUCGCCGCCGCGUACGAAAAGAUCUUCUUCGGUACAGUGCAGUCACGGAUGUAUCUAGCUGCGGAUAUGCUCAGGAUAAACUGUCACACCGGUAUGUCAGCACUCCUGAAAAAAUUCACGUUGGACGAGGUCGGAGGUCUAAAAGCAUUCGGCAUCUAUCUCGCAGAGGAUUUUUUUUACGCGAAAUCAUUGACUGAUCGCGGUUGGCGCAUCACUGUCUCCUCGCAGCCGGCACUACAGAACAGUGGCCACUGCGCGGUCGAUUCCUUCCAAGCGCGACUACGACGAUGGGCUAAAUUGAGGGUAGCAAUGCUGCCUACCACCAUUGUUCUUGAACCGUUGAGUGAAUGCCUCGUUCUGGGUGGGUUCGCUUCCUGGGCGGCCAGCGUCUUGUUCGAGUGGGAUUCUUUAGUAUUUUACUUGGUACACAUACUUUUAUGGUUUAUGUUCGAUUGGACGUUACUGUGUGUAGUGCAAAACGGUCCGCUGCCUUUUAACAAACUUGAGUUUGUGUGUGGUUGGUUGCUCAGCGAAAUCACGAGACCGUACCUUUUCCUUCAGGCUGUCUUGGAUCCUCUCAUACAGUGGCGUUCACGUGUUUACAAGCUCAAGUGGGGUGGCGUCGCGGAGGAAGUUAAGGCGAAAGUCAAAUAUUAAAAAUUCAUGACGAUACUACGUGGCUACGUCUUCAUCUUUCCAUGCAUCGUUAUGGAAAUUCAUUCUACAGUUAAAAAACGAAUUGAGAUUGAUGCAUGCGACAUCAUUUUCAUUAUGGACUUGGCAGUUAAAUCGUCAGAUACAGAAUUUGGAAGAGCAUGGUUUUUCUGUGACUAAUCUUGAAUCAAAUUGUGGAUAAGUAUUCCCAUUCUUUAUACAGAUUUAUACGUGCACUAUCAAAAUUUCAAUUUAUUGCAAAUUAUAUUCUGUAUUAUAUGUUUGAUUUUUGUAUAGAUACGUAUAUACGGGUGGGGCAUUUUUUGUUAAGUCAGUCAUUCAACAUUCCAAAAUUGUACUUGAUGUAGAAAAACCAUCUUGCACACAAAUGUAGCUUCAGCCAUAAGCUAUCGAAAGCCAUGUGAAUAAUUGCAAAAUUUAAGAUGGGGGAUCCAAUAUAGCAUGAAGCAGGAAAAAGGAAAUAAAUUAAAUUUUCUAAUUUUUUGGUUUUUAAUU